ACUGGCUUCUGAGAGGAAACUGAAAGUGAAAUUUAGACAGCAGCCUUGCAAAGCUGGUCGCUGGCACCUAACACCUAGGAUCCUGGAAAGAUUCCACAGCAGAUAUCACCCUCUACAACCUCAAAAAUGUCUCUGGAAAAGAUGUGGAAGGAGGUCACCUGUUAUAAAUGUCUGGAUCCCAUGGUGGAGCCUAUGAGUAUCGAAUGUGGCCAUUGCUUUUGCAAGAAAUGCAUUUCUGAGGUUGGGAAAAAUGGGAGCGGUUCAUGUCCCGAGUGCCAUCAACACUUUCUGCUCAGAAACCUCAGGCCCAUUUGGAAAAUGACCAGCAUAGGUGAAAAGCUUAAACAACAUGGCCAGAAUACCAAGAAAGGCAUCAAGGAAAGGCACUGCACGAAGCACGGAGAGAAACUUCACCUGUUCUGUGAGGAAGAUGGGCAGGGUCUUUGCUGGGUGUGUAACCAGUCUGGGAAACACCGGGACCACACCAGGGUCCCUAUUGAAGAGGCUGCUAAGGUAUACCAGGAGAAGAUCCAUGUGGCUUUAGAAAAACUGAGAAAAGAAAAAGAGUUGGUCGAGAAGUUUGAAAUGGAUUUCCCAAGGCAAAGAGCAGACUGGAAGAGGAAGGUCGACACACAGAAGUCGAGGAUUCACGCAGAGUUUGUACAUCAGAAUAGCUUGCUGGCUCAGGAGGAACAAAGGCAGCUGCAGAAGCUGGAGAAGGAUGAAAAGGAGCACCUGAGACUCCUGGGGAAGAAGGAGGCUGAGCUGGCAGAGAAGAACCAGGCCCUGCAGGAGCUGAUCUCAGAGCUGGAGAGGAGGAGCCGCAGUUCAGAGCUGGAGCUACUGCAGGAGGUGAGGAUCAUCCUGGAAAGGAGUGAAUCCUGGAACCCAGACACAUUAGAUGUUGACUCCCCAGAACUGACGAGCUCAUGCCAUGUGCCAGGGCGGAAGAAGAUGCUGAGGACGUGUUGGGUUCAUAUUACUCUGGAUCGCAACACUGCCAACUCAUGGCUCAUCAUCUCAAAGGAUCGGAGACAAGUGAGGAUGGGGGACACCCGUCAAAACGUGCCUGAAAACGAUGAGAGGUUUAAUAAUUACCCCAUGGUGCUAGGUGCCCAAAGAUUCUCCUCUGGGAAGAUGUACUGGGAGGUAGAUGUGACCCAAAAGGAGGCCUGGGAUCUGGGGGUUUGCAGAAAUUCUGUACAGAGGAAAGGGCAGUUUUCAUUCAGUCCUGAGAAUGGCUUCUGGAUCAUUUGGCUAUGGCGAAGAGACCGCUAUGAGGCUGGUACCAGU